UACACACACACACACACACGUCACUUCCGGUUCCAUGUGCAUAGGACGCAUACACAGAAGUUGUGAAGCGUUAGCUAAUAGUGUGCUGAAUCUGAUAUGGCGGAGAACACAAUGGCAGUGACAGUUGCUUAUGGCACAACCAAACACAACAUCACUUUAACAGCACAGGAUGGACAUGAACCACUGUUAAAGGAUUUGUGUGAAGCGCUGACAGAAGCCACAGGAGUACCAGUACCAUCCCAGAAAGUCAUAUUUAAAGGGAAAUCACUGAAGGAGAUGGAGGAGCCUCUGUCCAGCUUUGGAAUAAAGCAGGGUUGUAAACUGAUGAUGAUUGGAAAGAGGAACAGCCCGGAGGAGGAAGCUGAACUUAAAAAGCUCAAAGACAUUGAAAAGUCAGUGGAACAAACCGCCAAGAAGCUUGAGAAGGUGGAUGGUGAACUCACAGGACUGAAGAAUGGUUUUCUUGCAAAAGAAUUGCAAGCCGAGGCUCUUAACAAACUGGACCACAGGGUGAAAGUUGCCUCUGAGCAGUUCAUGAAAAUCCUAGAGGAAAUAGAUGGAAUGAGCUUGCCAGAGAGUUUUAGUGAUUGCAGGAUGAAGAAAAAAGGACUUGCGAAAACUGUUCAGGGGUUCUUGGCUCAGUGUGACAAAAUUGAAGCUGGAAUAUCAGAUCACUUGGCUAAGAUUCAGACAAAAAACUUAGCCUUAGCAGAAUGAUCAUGAAGUAAGACUCCUGACAUCAGUAGUUACUGGUGCUGCAAAUGAAGAACCUCACUGAGAGCUUUGGCACUGGAGGUGGUCCUGCAGUUCGCCUACACCCCACAACCUACACAUGCACCUGUCAUGCAGAGAACAACAGGCAGCAUUCGAAACAUUUUGAAAUCGUUUUCUUAUGAGUUUAGAUUUUUCAUGCUAAUUUUUGGAAAUACUUAUGGCUAGGUUGGAGUUUUGACCAUCUGGACCACACUGUUCUCUCUUUAAACUUUAUCUAGCCUGACAGAUGUUGGAUUUAUAGUCUUAUUUCGAUCAAAGAGAAAAAAACGGUGCUGGAAGAAUAUCCUUUUAAAGGAUCUAACAUAAAUAAAUGAUCUAAUUCAAUAAAUCAGUUUUGUGCUGUAAAACUUUUGGAUAAAAAAAAAAGUUCUAUUUAUGAAAAGAGUGAACUUGUGCGAAGCAAAAGAUUUCAGAAUUGAUUGUCCUUGUUUUGUUUUUAUUAUGAUUAAAUCUCAGGGUGCUUCAAACCUCUGGUGGUUUUCCCCAUCUAUUUCGGUCUCAAAUGCUGUUGUGAAGUUAUUGAGAGAAAUUAAACAUUUGAAGACAA